UCUUCAGCUGUCACACAGACAGAGAUACUAUACUGACCACUGGUCAACUGUACACUCAACUGUUUUAAGACACUGUAUGUGUACAACGCUACAUGUUGUAUGUGUACUAGGCUACUAGUUGUAUGUGUAGUACUGACAGACACUAACACGCCCAGAGGAGUUCAAACCCUUACAAAGAAAGAAAACAGAAAGACUCUGAUCCCUAGGCUUCUACUUGAAGAAAUACCUGACGAGCCCGGAGUGACCUUGUCACUGGAAAUAACAGCGUCAAAAUGGACACUCGUCGUAUUACCCUCUGCCAGUCAGAAGACGCUGUUCAAUCAGGCCGGGGAGAGGGAACUCUUGUUUGUUUUUGCUGACCUAGAGUUUCAAGAGCCUACUGCUCAACUCUACCUGACAGUUUCAAAUGGUGAGGUUUAUCUGAGCCUGAAAAGUUCCACUACAAACUGGACUAGCUACUGUAACUGGGGACAUAAGGCCGAAAAAAGGACAAAAUAAUAACUACACUGUA